UUUCAAAAAGUACAGCGACCCGGAGGAGGCUCGUGCCAACCCACCAAACGCAUUGGUUGGACGUGAUGAGGAAUGGCACUUCCUCUGCGACCAUUAUAUCAGCCGUGCAUUCCAGGAGCAAUCACGGACAAACAAGGCUGCUAGACAGAAGCAGCCUUACAAUCAUAGUAGCGGGUCCAAGUCGUUUCUACAACGACAGCAUGAGCUCGCUGAAAGAAGAGGGCAGCCGGUCGAUCGUGUGGAAUUGUUCCGGGAAACACACGUUCGAGCUGGGACAUUCGUGUCGCAAGCCGCCGAGGAUGCGCAUAAUCAAAUGCUGGAACUCCAAUCCCAGCCUAUCCCAGAGGGUAGUCAGCCACUCUCUGAGGAUGAGAUAUGCGAUCAGGUGUUGGGUAGACGACCAGGCUACUCAAAAGGCCUUGGUUGGGGACCCAAGCCGAAGGCCCGCAGAACGGCAAGUGCAAGCAGUUCGUCGACAUCUUGUUCGCAGUCCACACAAAAAGAGAUUGAAUUACAAGCUAAACUUCAUGAAGCUUUGGAACGGAUUGAAGUACAAGAUAGAAAUCACCAAGCAUUAGCUUCACAAGUGGAAGCUAUGAAAAAGAUGAUUGAAGACCUAACUCGUGCACAACAGGGACCACCACAUGAUCCCUAGCUUCAUUAUGUUUAUGUUUUUUCUAUAUUGAGAACUAUAUUUUGUUGUAGUCAACUUAUUCGUAUUAUUAAUUUUAAUUCUAUUUUUUUAA